AUGGGCGGUGGAGGAGCUUCGAAGAAGGCGGCUGAAAGCGCAAAUGGAAGACGAGCGCUACGAGCGGAAAACAGUCCGCCUCUUGUCGCGGAAAUCGAAAACGAGAUCAUUGCCGACAACAACGACAACAACAACGGCGUCGCCGACGAGAACGAUGACGACGACGACGACUACGAUGAUGACGAGGAUGCCGACGACAUCAACGACGCCGACGACGAGAACGACGACGACACCGAUGACGAUGGAGAAGACGAACGCCCCGUGAUUAUUUCGGAAACGGAAGAUUCUAUUGUAGAAAUAUCGGAGAGAGAAGUGCAAUACGGGGGCGGAACUGUAAAUGUUUCGCAAGAAAAUAGUAGUAGUAAACAGGACGGCACCAACAACGAGCGCAGCGGCGACACCGCCGAGCGUUACACCGGCAGCAGUGCUAUUCCCGCCACCCCUAACAGUACUGCCGUUGACGAGAGAAGCGAACAGAUCG